AUGCAUUGCCUAGCUGCUACCAUGCUCGUGUUGCUCUGCUGCUGCUGCUUGUUCCUCGCCACGCAGCAGCAGCAGCAGCAGCAGCUACAGCCAGCCGCCGGUGGUAACAGAGAGAGCCCGAGCUGCAUACCACACGAGAGGGACGCCCUGCUGGCAUUCAAGGACGGCGUCACCAGCGACCUUGGCGGCGUCCUCAGCUCGUGGCGGCGAGACGGUCGCCACGACGAGCAAGACUGCUGCAGGUGGAGAGGCGUCCGGUGCAGCAACCGAACUGGCCACGUGCACGAGCUUCGACUUGGAGGUGGAGGCACCUUCCAACCAGAUUUGGCCGGCCAGAUAAGUCCUUCUUUGCUUGCUCUGGAUCACCUAGAGCACCUUGACCUCAGCAGGAAUGAUCUAGCAGGGCCAACGGGUCGUCUUCCCGAGUUCUUGGGUUCUCUAAAGAAUCUCAAGUAUCUUGACCUCUCUGGCAUACCGUUCUAUGGUGGCCUACCUCCCCAACUUGGCAACUUGUCAAGGCUACAGUAUCUAGAUCUUUCCAACUUAUACUAUGGAGGCAUGAACUCGACGGAUCUCUCAUGGUUAACACACAUUCCUUCCAUACAAUAUCUUAACUUGAACAGAGUGAACCUCAGCACAGUAGCGGAUUGGCCUCGUGUCAUGAAUAUGCUUCCUUCUUUGAGGGCGCUCCAUCUUUCAUUCUGCUCUCUUGCAAGCGCAAACCAGUCACUGCCACACCUGAACCUUACAUAUCUCGAGGAGCUGGAUGCCUCCCUGAACUCCUUCCACCAUCCAUCCAAUGGUGACCAGCUGAACAUGCGCAGCAUGACCAUGGAUCUGAAGAACCUAUGCAAUUUGGAGGUCCUGAACCUUGAAUGCACUCUCUUAUAUGGUGACGUAGCUGAGCUGUUUAGGAAUCUACCUCGAUGUUCACCCAACAAAUUGCAAGAAUUGGACCUCGGUUCAAACCAUUUAACCGGGAUGUUACCAAGAUGGAUAGGGCAAUUCAUGAGCUUGGUCAUUCUAAACUUCAACUGGAACAAGAUCACAGGAUCUCUCCCAACAUCUGUAGGACAAUUUACUGGUUUGCAGAUCCUUGACCUCUCUUUCAACAACCUAAACGGACAUGUCCCAUAUGAGAUUGGAAAGCUUAGUAAUCUGACCUAUCUGGAUCUAAAUACAAAUAAACUAGAUGGCACGAUAACCGAGGAACACUUUGCUAGUGCAAGGAGCUUGCAAUAUAUAGACUUGUCAUAUAAUGCCCUCAAGAUUGAGAUCAGCUCGGACUGGCAACCACCAUCUACAUUAAAGUAUGUAUCCUUUGCAUCCUGCCAGAUGGGCCCACUGUUUCCUGGGUGGCUUCAGUGGAAUGUGAGCAUCACCUAUCUUGAUAUCUCGAGUGCAGCUAUAGCUGAUAGGAUUCCACAACGGUUCUCCGAUGCCUUUUCAAAUGUUUGGUUCAUGAACAUCUCCAACAAUCAACUCAACGGAACUUUGCCGGCUGAUAUGGGCUCCAUGUCACUUCUAGAACUCUACCUUAGUUCAAACAAAUUAACUGGUCAGAUACCCACGCUGCCACCAAACAUACAUACCUUGGACUUGUCCAAUAACUUCUUGUCAGGACCUCUGCCCUCUGCUACUAGAUCCGCCAAACUAAGACAGCUUUCUCUGUUCUCCAACCGACUCACUGGUCAUAUUCCUGAAUCUUUUUGUAAAUAUCAGCAAUUAGUUGUGUUGGACUUAUCCAACAAUUUUUUGGAGGGAGAACCGCCGUUGUGCCUCGGGUUUGUCUACGGUCUGGAAGGGCACGUGUUGAGCUAUGGUACCAUUCAAAGAAUUGUGGAGACAAGUAUGACGAGCAUUCAUUUAUCUUGGAAGGGGCAGGAAUUGUACUAUGGUUCCAUUCAAAGAAUUGUGGAGACAGGAAGAAUUCCAUCGGGAGUACAGCUUGAUACCCUGUAUGCAGGGUAUCCAUCUAUGUACAUUGGCAACAUCGGUCUUUGUGGACAUCCUCUUCAAAACAAUUGCUCGAGUGAGCGUCAUGCACCAAAGCAAGGUGGCCUGGGAAGAACUGAAGAAGGUUCUGGGAUACCAUUCUUUUAUCUUGGACUCGGGUGCGGCUUCGUGGUUGGUAUAUGGAUUGCAUUUGGUGUUUUGUUGUUUAAGAGAAACUGGAGAAUUGCUUGCUUUCGAUUCUCGGACAAGUUGUACGACAAAGUAUAUGUCCUUGUUGCUACAUGGGCCAGAGCAAGACAAACACAAACUGAUUAG